UCCACGCCACCCUCUAUGAAGCGGCCCGAUUUACUGUUUCUACUUGGGUCACGAAUCAAGCUCCUGGGGCACAGAUUGGCCUGCUUGCUCUUACCACGGCUUGGCGGUAGCGCUCACCUGUGGCAAGGAUUUUGCUGCAUGGGGCUCGUAGACAAGCAAAAUACAGGCAACGACAUCAACACCAUUUGGCGAUAGGAAGCGAAAGGCAGCCGCUGGCGAAGAGUAGAAGAAAGGUGGAGAUGGUCAAAUCAACGUGCGGCUCGACCAGCGAUCGCAGAACAGAGACAAAGUUGUCACUUAGAGCCGUCGACUCUUCUCUACCAUAACGAGCACCAGCUUUGCACCUGCUGCUGUUGGUGACUUGUUAUUGGACGACGACGACUUGUUCCGGCAGCCGGGCAAAGACUGUGGCAAAGCAGAAGCAUUGGAUGGGAUGACUGCUGCUUCUACAACAGCACUAACAAACGCCAGCCGCUGCCACUCUGCAACCCGUCGCUGUAGCUGCUCGCUGGAAUAAAUGGUAAGCGCAGUGGAUAGCAGGCGAUAGGCAGCCAGACAAAGUUUUUCGAGCGCUGGCUACAGCAACAUGAACUGGUACAAGCACGUUCUUUUCGUGGAGGCAAUGAGUCGCGUUGUUAAUAGCGGCAGACGAAGCUGUGACGGUCGCACCAGGCGUAGCAGCUAUAAUUGAGCGAGUCGAACGAGCAAGUUACGCCGCAAACGUUGCUUGCAGUUUACUUACAUGCCAAUGCCCCACUCGGUCCGACGGCGACUGUUACGAGCUGUCAUUUCGUUGAGAGUGGAGCAGCAGCAACGGCGGUGGAGGCCAAAGGCGGCUUACGUUACGGAGACGCACCGUUGUGCGACGCAACCUCAGUGUCCAUCGCCGGACAGGCAACAAUAUCUAGCGAUCAGUAAAGGGUUACGACUACCCGUGCACAUGCUGUACGGGAACAAGCUACACGGCACCCCGGUGACAGCAGAUCAGUGAGCGAUCUCAUUGUCCACGCAGUUCGUAUAUCGUACCAGUGAAGAAAAGUUACUGUUAGAGAAGACCGUCCGCUAAGUGUGUACGUGUGUGUGUACUUGCGUCAUUUAGGCAUUGUUCUCGUCUAUCUGAUGUGUAGCUAGGUCCUGCCUUUUUUUGGGACAGCUUGGGCAGAGCGCAUACGCUGUUCAAGUUAAAGAAACAGACUUGAAAGAGCUUUUGUUUGGACAAGGUAACGGGGCGCUGCAUACAAAGAGCCAUCAUGGUGAACUUCAGCAAGUUUUUGACUGCCAUUUCAGCUAAAACCGGAAUACCGACGGAGACGCUAUCCAGAGGUUUGUGCACUGCACUUAUGGCACUGUACGGUGCCCGGAUUCUUUAUCCACUUGCGCGAAGGGCUGCCCAGAGCGCAGGACACGAGCAGAGCAACAGCAAACCUGGUUCAGCUCUAGUCGAAAAGGCCGAUGAUGAACUCAAACGGUUACAGAAGGUCACUGCAGCGCAACCCGCAGUACAGUCAGCUCUUGAGGCGGUACUUCAGAGAUUCGAUAGGAAAUUUCUCACGAGACUUCUCUCGUUGAUCAAUAUCAUGAUUCCGUCGGUACAUUCAAAAGAAGCUGCCCUUCUGCUUAUGCAUACAAUGUCGCUUAUCUCACGAACCUUCCUUUCAAUCUAUGUAGCUAGACUGGAGGGCCAGGUGGUAAAAUAUAUCGUGCGUCGAGACUUGCAGCAGUUUGGCGUCCAAUUAUCGAAGUGGCUGUUAGUAGCUAUUCCCGCAACAUUUAUCAAUUCGCUUAUCCGCUUUCUUGAAGGUCAACUCGCUCUUGCUUUCAGAAGUCGCCUUGUAAAGCACGCGUACUCGCUGUAUUUUAAAAAUCAAACAUAUUACCGAGUAUCAAAUCUCGAUUCUCGCUUAGAGAAUGCUGAUCAUUGUUUAACUGAGGACAUUACGACGUUUGCAACAUCUGUUGCGCAUCUCUAUUCGCACAUUACUAAGCCGCUACUGGACAUCCUGAUCAUCACCCUCACUUUGUUCAAAAUGGCCAACGAAAUGGGCGCUCACGGCCUUCCUGGUCCAGCCGUAGCAACUGGUUCGGUAAUUUUGACAGGCCUGAUCUUGCGCAAAGUAACACCGAAAUUCGGCAAGAUGGUUGCUGAAGAAGCCAGACGAAAAGCCUAUUUAAGAUUUGUCCAUUCCCGGCUAAUCGCGAAUGCUGAGGAGAUUGCCUUCUACGGAGGACACGAGGUGGAGCUGUCUUUGCUGGAGCGCUCUUAUCGCAGUCUUGUGCGUCAAAUGUCCUCUAUUAUGAACCAACGGUUAUGGUAUAUCAUGCUUGAGCAGUUCCUGAUGAAAUAUCUUUGGUCAGCCACCGGUAUGGUCAUGGUGGCUCUCCCUAUUAUGACCGGCAUCACCCCGCUUGAAAAGGGAACAAAAAUUGUGAACGAUGCUGACGGCAUUUCAACGAGGACACAGUUCAUCACGACGACGAAAAAUAUGCUAAUUGCUGGUGGAGACGCUACCGAGCGACUCAUGUCUUCCUACAAGGAGAUUACGGAACUAGCUGGGUACACAGCCCGAGUGGCGAAGAUGUUCGAGGUGUUCGAGGACGUGUCUGAAUGCCGCUAUAAAAGACCCGUGUUACAAAAUGUCGUCAACGACAAAGUUGCCAUUGACGAAGAAAAAUCGAAGGCAGAAAAAUCCUCCUUUGUUAAGAUGAGUCCCGAGGGCAUGCCGCUUAUCCAAGGAGCCGUUAGCGAAACACGAGAUGAAGUUUGCCUAGAUACCGUACCAAUCGUCACACCCAACGGUGAUGUCGUCGUGCCCAGCCUCACCUUUAAGAUGACGAAGGAGAUGCAUCUUUUAAUCACCGGCCCUAACGGCUGUGGAAAGAGUUCACUCUUCCGUAUACUAAGCGGUCUGUGGCCCCUUUAUGGUGGGACGCUUCACAGACCUCCCGUCAAAGACAUGUUCUACAUUCCUCAGAGACCAUAUAUGCCGCUUGGUACCCUUCGCGACCAGGUCACAUAUCCAGAUCGCAUUGACGAUAUGCGCUCCAAGGGUAUUACAGAUCAACAGCUAGAAAAACUGUUGGUGAUCGUCAAUCUUGCUUACAUUGUAACGCGUGAGGGAGGUUGGGACGCCGUCGGAGACUGGAAGGAUAUUCUGUCCGGUGGAGAAAAGCAACGAAUGGCUAUGGCCCGUCUAUUCUACCACAAGCCAGCGUUUGCACUGUUGGACGAGUGCACUUCAGCUGUGUCAAUCGACGUUGAGGGGCAAAUGUACCAGGCAGCGAAGGAUCAUGGCAUUGCCCUGCUGACCAUUACGCACCGGCCUUCCCUAUGGAAAUUUCAUACGCAUCUAUUGCAGUUCGACGGAGAGGGUGGCUGGCGAUUGGAGCCAUUGGAUUCGAACCAACGAUUAACCCUGCGCGAGGAAAAGGUGCACAUUGAGGGCCAGUUGCAGGGAGUACCUCAAAUGGAAAAGCGACUUAAAGAGCUUUGUAAUGUUUUAGGGGAGGACUCCGUCGUUCUGCAGCAGGUUGAACAUCCGUAAAUCUAAGAGGGCAUUUUAAUGAAGCAUGACUAUGUUUUGGUAUUAACAAAGAACUAUAAGUUUUUGUUGACCGAAAACAAAAAUAUAUAGAAUAUGCGCGUAGGUUGAGUAAACUUACGACGCUAAUCAGAGUGCUCCAUGUUACCGUAGAACGUUAGGUCCAUAUUACUUCUGCUAAUUCUAAAAGUUGUAAUAGACUUGAGGUUUUUAGAAAGAGCUGCCUAGAAACAAAGGCUAAUACAAACAAUUGUUUAAGCAGUGGUCGACUACAGAAACUACUUCCUCUCCGACAUCAAAGCUUAGCGAUAGGCUUUGAUGUCGGAGAACUUAUUUCUACUUAAUAUGACUAAUUUAAUUUCAUAUUCAUAUAAUCAGUGUAUCUGUUCCGUUCGAAAUAGUUAAUUCGUCCAAAAUGCGAGAUUUGUUUUUGAGUACCAUGCGUUAAAAAACUAACCUCUAUUAAAGACUUUGCUGACAAUGAAUGGCACCACAUGAGGAUUAUAAACUAAAUAGCAUAUCUAAAAUUAGUAACUAAGCUGCUCCUUUAGCAAGUAGCUGACCAGAGAAUAAGAUUUAAAAUAGAUAAUAGAAGAGAUGAAAAAAAAACUGCGGAAGCUGUUGUUAAUUAAACUUGAGUAUUAUAAACUUACACGCAUAGCUAUGGCCCUCUACAGGCAAACCUGUCUAUGUAAUGUGAUAUGUUAUGGGGCUCAAGUUAGCUAAAAAAUACAAAUAAAGCACAGUUAAUUACUUGUGCUUAGAUAAUAAUAAUAAUAAAGAAGGGAGAUGAUUACUUAUAUGUUUAGUGUUGUUAAGCGAACAUUCUAUUUAGUUGCACAGUAGGAAUUUAUUGAGAACGAAACGCGAGGGAGAUUUGACAAGAAGGCUUGAUCGAAGACUUUAUAUGCUGUUAGAAUAAAAAUAAGGAUAGAAAGAUGUUGUAAAAUUGUGCCUGCCGAUUUUGCUUCAAGAAAUACCUUUCUUCACAUCCGUGUGCAGAAAAUUAAAAAUAUUUAAUUUGGAGUUGAA